AUGCCCGCGCAGUCGGACGGGGGGAAGGCGGCGGUGGGCUUCGCGCAGCUGUACGAUGUGGACGCUGAGGAGCCGCUGGACUCCGCAGCCAUCCACAUCUGCCAGUGCUGCCGCACCUCGGCCUGCUACUGGGGCUGCCGCUCCGCGUGCCUCGGCAAGCUGCUGGGCGGGGGCCAGCCCGCCAGCGGAGUGGGCAUCCGGGAGACCCACUGCCCCCCCAGGGAACAGCUGUGGAUCGACUGCCUCUGGAUCAUCCUGGCCCUGCUCGUGUUCUUCUGGGACGUGGGCACAGACCUGUGCCUGGCCGUGGACUACUACCGGCGUCAGGACUACCUGUGGUUUGGACUCACGCUCUUCUUUGUGCUCGUGCCCUCGGUGCUGGUCCAGAUCUUGAGCUUCCGCUGGUUCGUGCAGGACUACACCGGGGGAGGGCUGGGGGAGGUGGAGGGGCUCACUAAGAGAGGCGCCGUGUCUCUGGGCUGCUUGUACCCCGGGAAGGACCGCAUGCAGCUGGCGUCCAUCUGGCUGUGGCAGGCCACCAUCCACAUCCUGCAGCUGGGGCAGGUCUGGAGGUAUAUCCGCACGCUGUACCUGGGUAUCAUGUCUCGGAGGCAGAAGGAGCACCAGAGGAGGUGGUACUGGGCCAUGAUGUUUGAAUACGCGGACGUCAACAUGCUGCGGCUGCUCGAGACCUUCCUGGAGUCUGCCCCUCAACUGGUCCUACAGCUCUGCAUCAUGAUCCAGGAGAACAGAGCCGAGACGCUGCAAUGCAUCUCCUCUCUGGCCUCUCUGCUCUCUCUCGCCUGGGUCCUCGCCUCUUACCACAAGCUCCUCCGCGACUCCCGUGACGACCAGCGGAGCAUGAGUUACCGCGGCGCCCUGCUACACCUGUUUUGGCGUCUCUUUACCAUCUCCUCCCGCGUCCUCUCGUUGGCUCUCUUCGCCUCGUUGUUCCAUAUUUACUUUGGCAUUUUCGUGGUGGUCCAUUGGUGCGCCAUGGCCUUCUGGGUGGUGCAUGGAGGGACGGAUUUCUGCAUGUCCAAAUGGGAGGAGGUGCUGUUCAACAUGGUGGUGGGGAUUGUUUAUAUCUUCUGCUGGUUCAAUGUGAAAGAAGGCAGGACUAGACAUAGGAUGGUGGCGUACUACACUGUGGUGCUGGCGGAGAACACCUUUCUAACCGGGUUGUGGUACGCCUACAGAGACCCGGCUCAGACUGACUCCUAUGCAGUCCCAGUGCUGUGUGGGGUCUAUCUCACAUUCGCAGGGGGGGUGCUGAUCAUGUUAUUGUACUACGGUUUCCUCCACCCGGCAACCGCGCACCUGCACCCAAGUCCCGCCUCUUCCUGUUGUGCUCAGCUUCUGUGGGGCCUGCCCUUACCCCCCUCGGCUCCGCCCACCGCUCCACCCACUCCAGCUCACAUGACCAAAUCACAGACAGAGGAAGACGUGGCUGAGUCUUGUCUUCCUGUGUUUCAGGUGAGGUCUUCUCCCCCCACUUCCAAACCAGAGGGCCCUCUCAUCAAGAUCGACAUGCCCCGGAAGAGGUACCCUGCCUGGGAUGCUCACUACGUGGACCGGCGUCUGCGAAGGACUAUAAACAUACUGCAGUACAUUACCCCAGCCGCAGUGGGCAUUCGCUAUCGAGACGGGCCUCUCCUGUACGAACUAUUGCAGUACGAGUCCUCACUUUGA